GAAUGCGUGGAAAAAUUUACGCAGUCAUUAUCGAGUAAGAGUUAAGAAGACAGAGUUAUUCAUUGAAAGAGAUAAGUUGAAUGGUUCAUAUGAUCCUAGCUAUGACUAUAGUAGUAAGUGGGUUUAUUAUGAACACUUGACAUUUUUGGAUGACAUUCAUAAGCAGAGUCCCAUGAAUCUUCGCAAUGACAACAAUAGCAACGAUGAUGACUCAAAUCAAUUUUCCAAAUCUCAUAAUAUGUAUAAUACUAAGGUGAAAUCUGAGCUGGAUCUAGAACGAAACAACAGUUUAGAUGAGCUAGACAUGUCAAAUUCCAUGUACAAAUUAAAGUUAAUCGCUGAAAUACGAAAGAGACGUGAACUAUGGGAUAUACGAAGCAAAGAACAUAUUUCUUGUGUAUCUUUGGCAGAAGUGUGGAAAGAUCUGGCAAUCAGUAUGGAAUCAGAUGUUGGCACAUGCCAGCGUACCUGGAUGUCUUUAUGUAAGGUAUAUUGGAGAUCAGUUAAGCGUAUAGAGUUACGCAUCAAAGAAGAUAAGUUGAAAGGUUCAUAUGAUCCCAACAAUGACUAUAGCAGUAAGUGGGUUCAUUUUGAGGCCAUGGAAUUUAUGAAAGACAAUGAAACAGUUCCGAUUAUACUUGGUAGUUCAACAGAAACAUUUAAAUUAAUCGCUGAAAUUCGAAAGAGGCCAGCAAUAUGGGAUAUUCAAAGUAAUGAACAUAGAUUUAGUAUAAAUUUAAAAAACACAUGGAAAGAAUUGGCUCUAGCUAUGGGAGAAGAUGUUGAAAACUGCAAGAGUAAAUGGAAAAGUUUACGGCUUAGUUAUCGCAAAGAAGCUAAGAAGUUAGAGUUACGCAUCCAAGAAGCUAAGCAGAACGGUUCAUAUAUUCCUAACAAUGACUAUAGCAGUGAGUGGACUUAUUUUGAACACAUGCAAUUUAUUGAUGACAUUAAAAAGCCAAGUAACAUGAAACGUCGGAACUCAUCAGUUACAGACAAUAAUAGUGACGAUAACGAAUCAAACCAAUUUUCAAAAUUCCAUAAUAUGGACAAUAUUAAGAUGGAACCUGAAUCGGAUGACGAUCUUAGCGAUGGAAGUUCACCAGAAAUCCAAGAGCCAGCAGCUGAAAAAUCAACAACUUCAAAUUGGAACUCUACAAAUCGAUCUUACUGUCGUUAUUCAUCUGACAGAUUAAACUUAAUCGCUGAAGUCCGAAAGAGGCCAGCAAUAUGGGAUAUUCAAAGUAAAGAACAUAUAUCACAGACAAUUUUGAAACAAACGUGGGAAGAAUUGGCUCGCGCUAUUGGAGCAGAUGUUCAUGACUGCAGGCGUAAAUGGAAAAUUUUAAGGCAGAGUUAUCGCGAUGAAGUUAAGAGGUUAGAGUUACGCAUCCUAAAAGAUAAGUCAAAUGGUUCGUAUGAUCCUAAAAAUGAGUAUAAAUGUAACUGGUUUUUUUAUGAACACAUGAAAUUUAUUCAUGACACUAUAAAGCCAACACCCUUGAAACAUGGGAACUCAUCUGAUCUUAGCGGCCAAAAUUCAUCGGAAAACCACGAGCCAGCUGAUGAUAAACCAACAACUUCAAAUUGGAAAUGUACUAAACGCCCUAAUGAUCAGGUGGAUUUCGUGGAAGAUCUCGCAACGGAUGAGCAUAAGUUAAUUAAAUCGUCACGUUCAGAUAUAACAGAUUCCAAUGAUAUGGUUCAUGUUAACGAUUCCGACUAUAAUUUCUUGGUUAGUUUUUUGCCGCAAAUGAAAAAGAUCAAUGUGUUGCAGAACUUACAGUUCCGUACAAAAAUUACCAAUUUGAUGUUGAAUAUUAUGUCGCAGUCUAAGGCUAACUAA